GAAAAAUACCACAAGGACAACAUGCACGCGCCUCCGCAACUCCUGCAAUCUCUGUUGCGCCAGAGAUUUUGGAUAUUGGCUUCAAGAGGAUUGACUCGAUCAGUGUUUCAGUCGUGUAUCUAUUGCUUUAAGGUACAACCUAGGAGCAAGACUCCUAUAAUGGGUGAUUUACCAGCUGAAAGGGUUCAGCAGAGUCCCCCAUUCCACAGAACGGCAUUGGAUUUUUGUGGCCAUUUCAAUGUAAAAUUGCAUCAGCUUCGAUACGCAAUUAUUUCUCCAGUCUAUGUCUGUGUUUUUGUGUGCAUGAGCACCAGGGCAAUUCACUUGGAAAUGGUCUCAAAACUGAGUACCGAUGCUUUUGUCGCCGCGUUACAGCGCUUCGUCAGUAGACGAGGCAAACCGGCAUAUAUUUAUUGUGAUAAUGCUAGCAAUUUCCAGGGAGCGGCAAACAGAUUUUUAAAAUUAAUUGCGUCAGAGGACUCAAAUUUGAUAUUGUUUUCUCACAAAAAUAAAGUAGAAUAUCGAUUCAAUGUACCAUUAGGGCCCCAUUUGGGGGGUCUGUACGAAGCUGCAGUAAAAAGUUUUAAACUACACUUGAAACGGGUGAUGGGUGAUAGUGUGUUAACUCAAGAGGAGUUUCAAACGUUGACAUCCCGUAUUGAGGCUAUUCUAAAUUCACGUCCUCUCACUCCACUCCCCUCUGACCCACGUGAUUGUCAGGUUCUCACCCCUGGCCAUUUCAUAAUUGGUCGUCCAUUAGUAGCGUUACCAGAAAGGCAAUAUGACACGGAGGAUCCACCAUUUCUGCAUAGGUGGAAUUUGGUGGAGUUGUAUGUCCAACAACUUUGGCAACGUUGGCACAUUGAGUACCUUCACACACUCCAACCACGAGGAAAAUGGUUGGAACAAGCCGGGAAUCUGGAGGAGGGAACAUUGGUUCUUCUCCAUGAUCCCCAAAGUCCCCCCCUAAAAUGGACUCGAGGUCGAGUUUUACGUGUAUUUCCGGGGAAAGAUAAUAAAACGAGAGUAGUAGAAGUCAAAACUCCCAACGGAGUGUACAAAAGACCGGUGGUAAAAUUGUAUGCUCUACCAUUGGGAAGUUCUCAAUAGUUAAAUUUCUGCCCUCUCG